UACUGUAUAAGGAAUAAGAAUUAAAAAAUUAUUUAUUUUAUUAUUAUCGUCUAAAAUAAAUUGACAUGUUAAUCUUAGUUAUAAUUUGUUACUCACGUCUCAUUAAAUACUUAUUGGAAAAAUUUUCAUUGUAAUAGUGUAUUUCGUUUUAAAAAUGUUUGAUUUCAGUAUUUAAAUUAUAUUGAGUUUAUUAUUUAACUAUAAAUGUUAAAUGCAGUUUAUUUUCACUAUUAAAAACAUUAGCAUUUAACAUUAUUCUUUUUUUUAUUGACAACCAAUUCCAAUAUGUUGUCAUCAAUCGGACUACAGCCAUCUAAUCAAACCUUAAGGCUUGUGGAUAGAGAUCGGUUAGUUGCCCAACGUGUAAGAGUAAUACCUGACGAGAAGCUAAUAUCUAAAACGAUUAUUACGGCUAAUCCUCAACAACAUUUGAUGAACAAUUUAUCUGACUUGUCUACUGAUUUUGAUGUUCAAAAUUCAAACAAUGAUGAUCUACUAGACUUGGGUAAUAGUCAAAUGUCAACAUUCUUUCGGGAAUUUUCUGAAAAUCAAAAAACAUUAUGUAAAGAAGAAAAAAGAACGGCUUCCACUAACUUUAAGACUAUAAAUGGAUUAGGAUUUUAUUAUUGUGAUUUAUGUCCAUUUAUUUCUUUGAACAUUAAAUUUAUUUCGGAACACAAUGAAAAAAAUCUUCAGUUCCAUCAUUCUUCACUUAAACCUUUUGUGAGAACAAAAUGUGUUGGAUGUGAUAAUAUAUUUUAUUCAGUAAAUGUUCUUCGAUGCCAUUUGCUUGAAGACCAUAAUGUGUUAAUGGAUGAAGUUGAUGGAUUAGUUCAACUUGUAAUUGAAGCUAAUAAAGAAGAUAUUUUAUACAACAUAAAUAAUGAAACAUCUGAAACUGACAACAAUAAUUUAGCAGAUUUUAAUGAUACAAUACUGGAUACUUCUGAGUUUGGUCAUAAAUCACAUUUCAAUGACACUCAAAUCACAGGUAAAAUUUUUAUUUUAUUACUUAAACAUUAAAUUUGUAAAAAUUCUCACUUUACUUGUUGUACUAUACCUACAGCAGCUACUAAGACAAUUUGUUCAACAUCUGGUGUUAUCACCAUUUAUAGGUUUUAAUUGUUUUUGGGGCUCCUAACCCAAUUCUUAUUUUAAUAUCUAGAAUCAAAUUAUUUGAAAUACAAUAUUUAAUAUAGAACAUUAAGACAUUGAU